GCUUUGUAAGAGGCACAUUGGCAGGUAACGAGCGGCGGCGGCGGCAGCGGGUCUUGAGUCCUCCGAGAGCAGCGGCGAUUUUCUAUUUUGUACAUACAUUAUUUUGUAUAUACUGUAUAUGAUGACUUCAGUGAGCAGUGACCAUUGUCGAGGUGCUCGGGAAAAACCGCAGAUUUCAGCAGCACAGUCAACGCAACCACAGAAACAAGUGGUACAGGCAACAGCUGAACAGAUGCGUCUUGCUCAAGUGAUCUUUGAUAAGAAUGAUUCAGAUUUUGAAGCUAAAGUUAAGCAGCUUAUGGAAGUGACAGGGAAAAAUCAGGAUGAAUGCAUAGUGGCCCUACAUGAUUGUAACGGAGAUGUGAACAAAGCUAUCAAUAUUUUGCUGGAAGGGAAUUCAGACACAACUUCAUGGGAGACUGUAGGGGGGAAGAAAAAGAAUUUUGCAAAAGAAAAUUCAGAAAACAAAGAGAAUAGAGAGAAGAAAAGCGAGAAAGAAUCGAGUCAUGGACGUGGAAACAACAACUGGAAAGGAAGAGGCGGCAGUCGUGGCAGAGAAUUUAGAGGUGAAGAAAAUGGAAUUGAUUGCAAUCAAGUGGACAAAUCUUCAGAUCGUGGCAAGCGAGCCCGAGGUAGAGGAUUUGGACGUGGCAGAGGGAGAGGGGCAGGAAGGUUCUCAACCCAAGGCAUGGGGACAUUUAAUCCUGCGGACUAUUCAGAUUCUACAUCUACAGAUGUGUGUGGGACAAAGCUAGUAGUUUGGGAAGCUGCUCAGAAUGGUGCAGAUGAGGGAACUGAACUGGCAUCACAUACUCACAACAUAGCUCAGGAUCUGUCAAACAAAAGUUCUUAUGGACUCAAAGGGGCUUGGAAGAAUUCUGUGGAAGAGUGGACAACAGAAGACUGGACUGAAGAUCUUUCUGAAACAAAGGUCUUCACUGCCUCAUCUGCUCCAGCAGAGAAUCACAUCUCACCUGGGCAAAGCAUUGAUCUGGUAGCCUUGCUCCAGAAGCCUGUUCCUCACAGUCAAGCCUCAGAAGCCAACUCCUUUGAAACUUCCCAACAGCAGGGCUUUGGCCAAGCCCUUGUCUUCACAAAUUCGCAACACAACAAUCAGAUGGCACCAGGGACUGGCAGCUCCAGUGCUGUCAACUCCUAUUCUCCUCAGAGCCUGUCAUCCGUCCUUGGCUCAGGAUUUGGAGAGCUUGCACCACCAAAAAUGGCAAACAUCCCCAGCUCCCAGAUUUUGGACCAGUUGAAAGCUCCGAGUUUGGGCCAGUUUACCACCACCCCAAGUACACAGCAGAAUAGUACAAGUCACCCUACAACUACUACUUCUUGGGACCUCAAGCCCCCAACAUCCCAGUCCUCAGUCCUCAGUCAUUUUGACUUCAAAUCUCAACCUGAGCCAUCCCCAGUUCUUAGCCAGUUGAGCCAGCGACAGCAGCACCAGAGCCAGGCAGUCACUGUUCCUCCUCCUGGUUUGGAGUCCUUUCCUUCCCAGGCAAAACUUCGAGAAUCAGCGCCUGGAGACAGUCCCUCUGCUAUGAACAAGCUUUUGCAGCUUCCCAGCAUGACCACUGAAAAUAUCUCUGUGUCUGCCCACCAGCCACAGCCCAAACACAUCAAACUUGCUAAGCGGCGGAUACCCCCAGCUUCUAAGAUCCCAGCUUCUGCAGUGGAAAUGCCUGGUUCAGCAGAUGUCACAGGAUUAAAUGUGCAGUUUGGGGCUCUGGAAUUUGGGUCAGAACCUUCUCUCUCUGAAUUUGGAUCAGCUCCAAGCAGUGAAAAUAGUAAUCAGAUUCCCAUCAGCUUGUAUUCGAAGUCUUUAAGUGAGCCUUUGAAUACAUCUUUACCAAUGACCAGUGCAGUACAGAACUCCACAUACACAACUUCCGUCAUUACCUCCUGCAGUCCGACAAGCUCAUCACUGAGUUCUGCUAGUCCAGUAGCAAUGUCUUCCUCUUACGAGCAGAGUUCUGUGCAUAACAGGAUCCCAUACCAAAGCCCUGUGAGUUCAUCAGAGUCAGCUCCAGGAACCAUCAUGAAUGGACAUGGUGGUGGUCGAAGUCAGCAGACACUAGACACUACUUCAUCUGUUCCAGCUCCAAAGACAACAGGCCCUCCCUCUGCCCUCCCGUCUGUAAGCUCCCUGCCCAGCACCACCUCCUGCACUGCACUUUUGCCGUCCACAUCCCAGCACACAGGCGACCUGACCAGCAGCCCUCUCUCUCAGCUUAGCAGUUCGCUCUCCAGCCACCAGAGCAGCCUCUCCUCUGCACAUGCAGCCCUCUCCUCGAGCACGUCACACACACAUGCCAGUGUGGAGAGUGCCUCUUCCCACCAGUCCUCAGCCACCUUCUCCAUGGCAGCGACCUCCGUCUCAAGUUCCGCAUCCUCAGGCGUCAGCCUGUCCAGUAGCAUGAACACCGCGAACAGCCUCUGUCUGGGUGGGACCCCCGCGAGUGCAUCCAGCAGCAGUAGCAGGGCCGCGCCCUUGGUGACCUCAGGCAAAGCACCCCCAAACUUGCCUCAGGGGGUGCCUCCCCUGCUGCACAACCAGUACCUCGUAGGUCCCGGAGGACUGCUUCCUGCCUACCCGAUCUAUGGCUAUGACGAGCUCCAGAUGCUGCAGUCACGGCUGCCAGUGGACUACUAUGGAAUUCCCUUUGCUGCACCCACAGCGCUUGCCAGCCGAGAUGGGAGCCUGGCUAAUAAUCCAUAUCCAGGUGAUGUCACAAAGUUUGGCCGUGGGGACUCUGCAUCCCCUGCACCCCCUACCACACCAGCUCAGCCACAGCAGAGCCAAUCACAGACCCACCACACAGCCCAGCAGCCCUUCCUGAACCCUGCACUGCCACCUGGCUAUAGCUACACUGGUCUUCCCUACUACACAGGCGUGCCCAGUGCCUUCCAGUAUGGCCCCACCAUGUUUGUCCCUCCAGCCUCAGCCAAGCAACACGGGGUGAACCUCAGCACUCCCACACCUCCCUUCCAGCAGGCCAGUGGUUAUGGCCAGCAUGGCUACAGUACAGGUUAUGACGACCUGACCCAGGGGACAGCAGCAGGAGACUACUCCAAAGGUGGCUAUGCUGGAUCAUCGCAGGCACCAAACAAGUCUGCAGGUUCUGGGCCUGGCAAAGGAGUAUCAGUGUCUUCAAGCACCACCGGUCUACCUGAUAUGACUGGUUCUGUCUACAAUAAGACACAGACUUUUGACAAGCAGGGAUUUCAUGCAGGGACUCCUCCACCUUUCAGCCUGCCCUCGGCCUUGGGCUCCACUGGGCCCCUGGCCCCGGGAGCGGCCCCUGGCUAUGCGCCCCCACCAUUCCUGCACAUCUUGCCAGCCCACCAGCAGCCCCACUCACAGCUGCUGCACCACCACCUUCCGCAGGAUGCCCAGAGUGGCUCGGGUCAGCGCAGCCAGCCCAGCUCCCUGCAGCCCAAGUCUCAAGCCUCCAAACCUGCCUACGGCAACUCUCCAUACUGGACAAACUAAACCCGGAAGAGAGGGGUGGGCUGGGGCAAGGCUUAUCCUGGGCAGGAGAGAACACACGAGCACAUAUUUGGGAGGCCAGUGCCCUUUCCUAGAAUUCCCGAGACAUGUGUCAGCCAUGCCUCUGUGGGGAGUCUGCCUCCCAGACUGGCUAUUGUAUGUAAUGUAUUUAUGUAUGUAUUUGUAAAUGUGAUAGAAGUUGGGAGGGGGGGGAGUUGGGGGACAGCGGCAGAUGUUAGCCAGGUCUGCUCUCCCCAUUCAAGCCCCUUCUCCACUGUAGCAAAAUAAGCACCCCCCGCCCCCCCCCCCCCCCCAUUCUGCCUUCAGGUCUUCUUCACAGCCUGCACUGCCCAGUGGGCCACUAGGGGAAGUCUCUGGAAGGGCUGGUUCAAGGCUGUUCGGGUAUAGGGGUCAGGUACCAAUGAAGAAUCACGACUUGUCUCACUCCUUUAGAAAUUGUUUUCUUUCCUGUGUAAUUACUUUAUACCUCUGUUUUUGAGAAACUGUUCCUUUUGUCAUCUGUCAUGGUCUCCUUCCACCAAAUCUUGAUCUGGGAAUAGCAGCAAUAUCCCUCCACUCAACACAAAUACGGGCACCUGUUUGUCUUCAUAUAGAACAGGGGCUUCUGGUCUGGUCAUGUCCCUAGAGACUUACUAGAGACUGGCUGACCAUGAAAAAAAAAAUAAUAAUCUGAGUUGUUCAGCCAGUCAGCUCCCCUUUAAAAAUCAAAAGUAUCUCCAAGCAACACAUUUCCAUUCUAGUUGUCUUGAACCAGGUGGGCAACUGUUUCAGGGGUUUUCUCUUGCCGAAUCCCCACCUAAUAAAGUUCUGAGAGCAUG